AUGUCCUCACCACAAGGCAAAGUACCAUCCCUGAACAUAGGAUCAUCAUCAUCAUUAUUGCCAGAAGAUUAUCUUUAUUAUCUAGAUUAUCUUCCCGAUUUACAAAAAUGCAUCAAUUUAUUCAUGACGUUCACACCAUUAUUCUCCUAUGGAUCAACAUGCAUAUCAAUCUACAAGCGACAAACCUCCUUAGGUUUCAGUAUAGAUAUCUGUGGUACAAUGUUUAUGGCAAGUAUAUUGAGAAUAUUAUACUACUUGUGUCAACCUUAUGAAAUUACUCUAUUACGACAAUCAAUGGUUAUGAUCGGUAUACAGUUCAUUUUGCUCAAGAUCAGUUUACGAUAUCGACCUCAUAAUUAUGAUCCAGAGUUGCUUACUCCGUUACCUAGAUGGGAUCUGGAGUUUGAGAAUAAUUUGCCGAGGAGAUUAAGUGCAUCGAAUUAUAUUGUUGAGCACAAAAAUUAUACUUCAUUAGGCAUGGUUAAUUGGUUUUUGAUGCAAGUGAGUGAUGGGGUAUGGUUGAGUUGGAGUUAUUUCAAAACGGGGUUUAAACAAGCGUUGCGAUUAUUUGAUGUUUAUUAUAAGCGUCCAGUGUUAUUUUGGCAAUGGUUGGAUGAAUCUAGUUAUUGGAUGUUUCUUGGUGGGUUUACAACAUUUUUUGGGGUCUUAACUUUGCUAUUCCAUAAUAACGUCACUUAUGCAAAUAUAAUUGGAAUAUUGGGUCUAUUCAUUGAAUCAUUGUUGCCCAUCCCACAAAUCCUCAUGUUGAAUAGAAUCCAAUCAGUUAAAAAUUUCAAAAUCAUAUUGCUUCUAUCUUGGUUAGGUGGUGAUUGUACCAAAAUUUCCUAUCUUUUAUAUGGAACAAAUGAUGUAUCAAUCAUUUUCAUUGCCGCUGGGUUAUUUCAAAUGAGCUUGGACGUAUAUAUUGCAUUUCAAUAUUUGUCGUUAAAAUAUGGUGAUUCUUGGGUUAAAGCAAAAUUAGGGAUGGAAACUAGUACACAAAGAAAAUCAGUUGAUGAAAUUGUUGAUCAUUUGGUUUUGAAUGUAAGUAGUUCUCAUGGAGCUUAUCAAAAGGGUAGUAGUGUUGAUGGUGAUAAUGAUGGUGAACAAUACGAAAUGAAUGUGUUUGAUUCUGAAUUCAAGAGUCGAUCUGCAAGAGGUUCUCCAUAA